UUGGCUUGCAGGACAUUCAACUAUGUGAGUUAUACAUUUUGAAUGUGCUUUUACGUCAGUGUGACAGAUUCACAAUACCGAGCGUUUCUCAAACGGUCCUGCGGUUUUAUCUGCCUAACGGUAUCUUCACGCACGACUGGAUAGGCCUUUUGGAUACGCUUGUCCAAGGCCCAAGACAUAAAGUAGCCUGCAAUCAUUCCAUUGCUGACCCAUCGGAUGGUUAUCACAUAGAGGAUUGGCUUAAUCUAGAAUCAUGGAUACCUUUCAUAUCUGCGCAUCACAAGUUGGAACUAGUGGUCAAAAUUGGGACAAUGUUGCCCAAAAUAAAUGUUUUCAUGGAGUGAACAAGACCUGCCAACAGAGCUCACUGGAGCAGGGAGACAUCCCGUCAUCCCUUCGGCACCUGACAAAGAUUCAGAUCCUGCUGAACGAUGUUAAGCAGUCGAUUAACCACAUGCAGGGGAAGCUGAACACCAUGCAGGGGCAGUGUAUUGAGUUGCAGACUGCCAUAUCUAAGAUCAUCCCAGCAGCCGACGUUGCUGUACAGAGUGGGGGGGGGAAACAUCCAACAUCGCUGGGCAGGGGGAGGGGAUCCUCCCAAAAGCCAACUUUGCUGCGCAGAGGGAGGAGGUCCUCCGAGCAUCAGGCCUCAUCCCUGCACAGAGGGAUGGGAUCCUCCAAACAACCAGUGUCCCUGCACAGAGGGAAGGGAUUCUCCCAGCAGCCAUCAUCACGGCACAGAGGGAGGAGAUCCUCCGAGCAUCAGGCCUCAUCCCUGCACAGAGGGAUGGGAUCCUCCAAUCAACCAGUGUCCCUGCACAGAGGGAAGGGAUUCUCCCAGCAGUCAUCAUCACUGCACAGAGGGAGUUGAUCCUCCUGAUGGCCAGUG